AUGGGUUGGAACUUGGACGAGUUUGGAGUUGCUUCUUGGACAACAAUGUCUCUUCUUUUCAAUCACUUUGCAGAACUCUUUGUUGAAGAAGAAGGAGAAGAAGAUCACAAGACUCGCUUCGUCUUUUCUUCAUCUCCACAGAAGCAAACCCCUUUUAUGAUACUUGAAGGUGACGAAGUGGGAGAGUCUUCUUUAGAAGCGGAAAAAAUCGUUAUGAACUUCAAGUUACUUGAUCUGAGAAAGGAAGAGAUCAUCGACGUUACACACAAGACAUUUCCAAAGUUGUUGUAUGAAGGGUCACGAGUAAUCGGAAGCUCAUGUGGCUGGACAGCUUUUAUGAGCAAACAUGAUGGAACUGUCUAUCUAAGCAAUGUGUUCAAUCUAGCGACAUGUAGAGUCAUUUCUCUUCCUUCACUUUCUGAUCCUUUGCGUCUUCGAUCCACUGCAAUCGUAAAUGUCUCUAUAUCUUCUCCUCCUGACCAAGAUGAUGGUUAUGUAGUGUUCGUCAAGUUCUUAGGCAAUGACCUCUACUACUGUAGGCCUAAUUGGGUCUCACAAUGGACACAAAUGGAUAUUGAAGGAUACCAUGUAGACUUAUGUGAUGCCAUAUAUUCCCCAAGAAACCAAAUGUUGUUCCUUGUUAUAACAGGAGCAAGUUACUUGCUUUCUUUUGACGUCAACAUGAAGAGAAGGUAUACGAUUUUGAACCUGAGAAACCUGCCAAAAAUACCACAAUCCGAGUGGGAGUUGUUGGCUUUGUGCUGCAAGAGUGAGCACAUGGUUGAGUCGUCUUGUGGCAAAUGUUUCAUAGUGAGACGGUACGUGGAGACAUAUGACGACAACGAGACUAUAUUAAAAAAAACCAAGAGAUUCAUGGUGUUUCUGCUAGAUAAAAAGGUGAAAGAUGGAGAAAUUACUGCUAGAUACACUAAAGACAUUGGAGAUCUCUGCAUAUUUUUUGGUACUAAUGAAACGUUUUGUGUGGAGGCAAGCAAGUAUCAUAGACUUAAGCCUAACUCAAUAUAUUACAUAGGAUAUGGCCUUGGUGUUUACCAUAUCGGUUCGGGAAUAUUCCAUCAUUUUCCUUCAUAUAUGCCUCUCAAUUCGCCUCUUUGUCUUUUACCCCUCUUAUCUAAUCCUCAUGUUUAA